AUGGAGAGAGGCUGCUUACCCAGGGACUGGAAGGGACCCUGGAGAAGGGUCGGGUGGGAGGAGGGACUCGGCUCCGGGCUGGAGGGGACCCGUGUCCAUCCCCGCCGCGCUCAGCUCUGCAGAGAGAAGCCGCUCCCGGAGGCUGUGCAGUCUCCUGUGUGUGGGUGCCUAGCGGGUGUUUCCCUCCUCAGGGAGCAGGACCAGCGCCAGCACGAGGAAUCCCUGCAGGAGCUGGGGAAGCUCCUGCACACCCAGAGGGAGGCUCUGAAACAGGAGCAGGAGGUGAACGCCCUGGCUGCCCAGGAGUGGGAGAGGCUGCGGCAGGAGCUGGACAGAGAGGAGGAGGACACAGUCCUGGACGCCUACGAACCCAAGGAUCCUGCUCCCAGGAAGAAAAAGCGCUGGAUCGGAGCCAGAGCCGUUAUCAGACUAUUCAAACACAAAAGCACAAGAGAACCAGCGGAGCUGACCCCAGACCGCCCUCCCGGGCCCCUGGAGGCCACGCCAUCAUGCUCAUACCGGAUGGAAGAGCGAGACACCCCCAGUGUGCCUGUGGGCAAAGAUAACAACGUAGCCGCUCGGCACAAAAAGAAAAAAAGGAAGAAGACAGACAAGUCACCAGCGGCCCGCCCGUCUAUGUGGAAGCGCCUUCAGUGCUGGUCAUCCUCGGACAUCCCACCCCCUUCUAAAUAGGCUCUCCCUUUCCCAGACACUCAGAUUCCUUUCCCUUUACCAGCUCCUCACCAAAUACCCUCCCUCAUUUAUGAAGAAAAAAAAAAAAGGAAAACCACCAAUGACCCGUACAGAAAGGCCAGAGGACCUAUAGUGGCCCCUCCUCCUGACCCCAAAGCAGCUCCCGAGCCUUCAAACUACCAACGUGCCUCUGAGGACAACGGCCUCCUCUCCCAUCCGCCUGCGGUGCCCGGAGCGGCUGUAGAACGAGGAAAGGGGUUCCCGUGCUGCUUCCACUUGUCCCGUUAGUGAGGAUGCUGUGACAGCCCUAAGGGUCACACCCCCAUAUGUGGAACUCCUGUCUGACCCUCCAGCCACUGGAAUCUUGUGAACAAAUGCACUUUGGCCUGGGGAUGCUCACACUGCAAUGACAGACCGACAUCCCCGAGGCCGCCACUCUGUGAGCGUGCCCCUUAGGACACGUGUUAGCUACUUCACCUCCAUUUAAGCGUGCGUGUGCGAGUGCGUGUGCGGGUGAGCAGAUACACGCACGCACGCACUCUCUCAGGCUGGGCCUCGUGGCCCGGACUCCCGCCUCCCUCUCCCAGAAGCCUGGUGGUCCCAGGAGACGCCCAGACCAGCCAAACGACAAGACCUUGAGGUCCUGGUGGACCCUGGUGUCAGGCUCACUGUUAACCCAGAGCGUUGCCAAGCCAGGCCUGGGCCCCAUGUCCUUCAGGCCAGGGCGGUCUUCCAGGCAGGUGGCCUCAGGCUUUGCCUCUCUCCAGCUGGCUCCUGGGCCACCUGCUCACUUUUCUGUAAACACGGGGUCUGCCCGGCCUGGGCGAUGGGGCAAGAAAAGCCCGGCCCGCCCCCUCCCAGCAAGUGUCCACAGUGUGCAGAGGGGAGCGUGUGCGAGAGGCAGGUGCAGCCUGAUUUGAAAGUGGCUGCACCGCCCCAGUGUCCCCAUCGAGCAUGAGACUUUAUUAUUCCUUGAGUGACUUCCUGGGGUAGAAACCAAAUUUAAUCUAUUACAUACAUGUGUUCACCCUCGUGAAAUAGAUGUGCUUUGAGGUGUCCCCCCAAAUAUAUAUAUACUACAGGGUGUCCCCCCAAAUGUAAAUACACUUUCACAGCUGAUAACUCAGUUUUCACUCCAUUUCAGGGUUAACGGAUUUGACGUAAUGGGUGAAGCCAGACUCAGCUUUGAACAAAGGAGAUGUAUCCUCUGGACUUGCUUCUGGGGACACACAAAGGAUGAGGUGUCUGGUACAGAACGGGCCACAGUGCAGGCACCGAGGCCUCUGUGGAGAGGAUGCGCACACACAGAGCAGCGGCUCUCGGUGUUUGCGAUUCCAUUGCUUCCUCAGCAGCAGCGCCAGAACUGAGGCGAGCGAUGGAGGCGCCAACACCAAGAACCGUUCCUGCGGUGGGUGUGUGUGCGUCUCUCUCUCCAUAGCUGCCCUGGACUCCUCACCGUUGUCUGUUGUCUGCCGUCGACUUUUAUCUUUUAUGUGUCCCCAUAAAAGGCCUAGUGCAGAAAUUUUCUUUGUUCAAAGCUCAGUCUGGCUUCACCCAUUUCUUCAAAUGAGUUAAACAUGAAAAGGUGAAAAUUCAGUGAAUUGUCAGCUGUUAAAAGUGUGUGCACAUUUUUUUGGAACUCUACAAUCCGUUCCAUUGGGGGUCAUUCUCUUCCACCAGAGUCUCACCUGUAUGUACAUGGGGGGGGCGGGGGUGCGCCCUAUAUGUUCAAAAGGCAGCCAUUCUAUUCCUUCGGGAGUUGAUUUAUUAUUUCUUUUCACGGUGUGCACAUUUUUUGGACCACCCUAGAUGUACAUUCCAUAGGGAGUCAUUCAUGUUUGUUGGGAGUCUAACCUCUGUGUACCAUUCUUGGGGGAUACUCCAUGUUUAUGUUCCAUAGGGAGUCAUUCAUGUUUAUCGGGAGUCUGACCUGUGUACCAUUCUUGGGGGACACUCCAUGUUUAUGUUCCAUAGGGAGUCAUUCAUGUUUAUCGGGAGUCUGACCUGUGUACCAUUCUUGGGGGACACUCCAUGUUUAUAUUCCAUAGGGAGUCAUGUUUGUCGGGAGUCUGACCUGUGUACCAUUCUUGGGGGACACUCCGUGUUUAUGUUCCAUAGGGAGUCAUGUUUAUCGGGAGUCUGACCUGUGUACCAUUCUUGGGGGACCCUCCAUGUUUAUAUUACAUAAGGAGUCAGUUGUUUGCGUCAGGAGUCUCACCUGCUGCUGUGUGUUUGGCCGGAUUCCUGACACAUUUUGUUUCCUCUUGCUACUAAAGGUGCUCAUCGUGGGAGGUACUGAACCUGGUGAUUGGGGGUUUAUAAAGAUUUUCUCCGUUAGAGCUAAAGUACUGAGAAAUGUUAACAUGGUCAAUUGUCAAAGUGGUUUGGGUUGUAC